CAAUAAAUACCGUUAAUCCACAUGUUGAAACUGUUGGAACUCCUAUUUUCGAACUCGGAGACAAUUCUAUUCUUGCUCAAAAAAGAACUUUUUAUGAACCUUUAUUUGAUGGUGAAGCAGAUACAAACGUUAAUAAUAACAACGAUCACAUAUUUACUAAUCGUGCUAGCGAUUGGAGAUUAGUUGUCAGCGUUGUAAUAUUGAUAAUAUGGUCACUACAUGUAAUUAUGUAUCAAGGUUCGAUAGAGCUUCAACACAACGUUUGGCUUAUUGCCUGGAUUUAUGCAACUGCAUUAGCGCUUGCCCUUAUCCUAAUUCCACAACUAUGCAGGGAUUUACAUAUUAGCAUUCACUUAAAAAUACUAUAUUCUCUCGUAUUAAUUUCUACCGUAGCAAUUCUUUAUCGGUAUUGCCUAGAAUUUGGUACAAAUCUCAACGCAGAAUAUUUCUUGGUGUUGCUAGUCGCUGGUCUUUCACUCAUUUUGGUGUUGAUAUUAGAACCUAUUAAUAGUGAG